CCGCGGUAAACAAGUAACACGUAAACGUAGACAGUGUAAUUUGUUAUAACGAGCCCUGCGGGGGGUGUUGAGAGGCACGAACAGACGUUUUCAUGUGCCCGCGUCCAAAUGUGACAGAGGCGGAGACAAUCUGCUUCCAGGACCGGCCUCAACCUGCAAACCUGAAUGUGAGGCGGACAGAGAGAGGAGCGAGGCAGCAGCAAGGGAGGGGUACCUGCCGUCAACACUACGAUGUGGAGCCGGGGAACCGUAGACCCAUCAGUCGGUUCUUUAGCUGUGUUUACCAUCUACAUGUUUUGUUGUAGAAUAUCUGCGCGCGACGUUCGGGGCUAAAAAGCUCGUGUUUCAUGGCAUUUGAGAAGUCCUCGCCACUCUCCGCGCAGAAGAGGAGAAGCGACGCGAGUUAGCUAACGUUAGCUCGCUAACAAGGGGGCUGACAUGGCCAUCUGACAGGCUGUCAAAGAUAUCUUCAUGGAUCACGUAGGACAAGAAAGAGAAACUGCUGCAUUUAUGAGCAUAGCCAAUCAGUAGGGAUUCUGACCCACAAGCAUAUCAUCAACGUGACUCAAGUGCAUGUGGCCUUUUCAGUUGUUCAUAGACAUCUGUUGGGCAGCCUUAAGGCCUAUUACUAUGCACUAUAAACUGAGAGCCAUGAGCUGUGAGGAUACAAGGAGGAGCAGGUUUCUUUCAUGCCGGACUCUCCYUUUUGUAAUGGGAYUUCUGGCAACCCUGGCUCAUGGCUCAGUGUCAGAACAGCAAGAAACAGUGGUGGACAUGAUAUCUGUGGAACUAGAGGCCUCCAUGCAGUCCUCUGUGCUCUCUGAGCUCCAGACUGCAGCAGCAUCUGUAGGCGAAGGGCCUCCUAUAUCUAUUCCAAACUCUUCUGCAAAGAAUGUUGGAGUGCACAGUAGCAUCCCUGAUUCUUCAGCAAUUGUGGGACAAGUGUUCCAGCUGAAGGUUCCUCUAGGACCUGACCACGACAGCUGCAAUGUCUUUCUCACUGAGAUGGGCAAAAAGACUUUACCCUCCUGGCUAUAUUGGGACAAAGAAAACUGCACUCUGAGGGGUUUGGCUCUGGAGCAAGAUAAAGGUGUAUAUCAUAUCUUAGUGUCAGGAGAGGAGAUGACCAGAAAGGCAAACAGCCAAGGGUAUCCCAGUAUAGUCUUUACUAUUGAAGUAUAUCCAGAAGAUAGGGCAGACACUGAGCCAGCCCUUCUCACUCUACAGUCUGAAAUCAGUGGCCUUCAGCCUUUCACCUGUGGCUCCGAGGAGCCAGUCACUGUCCUCACUGUCAUACUGGAUGCUGACUUGACAAAGAUCGUUGCUGACCAGAGGGUCAUUUUAAUGGAAGUUAUGAGGAAAUUUUCUCAUGUACCCCUAGAGCACAUGAGAGUGGUUCCUGUUGUCAACAACCGCUUAUUUGACAUGUCUGCUUUCAUGGCUGGACCAGGAAAUGCUAAGAAGGUGGUUGAGAAUGGGGCCCUGCUGUCAUGGAAAGUUGGCUGUGCCCUCGAUCAGAAUAGCAUUCCUGACAUUAGCAGUGUUCAGUCCUCGGCAAAAGAUGGGACAAUGUCAGCCAGGCUGGGUUACCCUGUGGUUGGCUGGCAUAUUGUUAACAAAAAGCCUCAUGGAGUGAAAAGAGUCAGGCGACAGUUGAACAAUACACCUACUCCAGUGCCAUCCCUGCUUCCUCCAACUAUUCACCAAGAGCCCUAUUCACGUGUUGUACCUACCCCAACUUCACCCUCUAUUUCCCCAGCAACAGACUACUCUGCUCCCCCUGUCCGAGGCCCUUUGCCUCUGCCAGUAAAGCCUACCAUGAGGGUCAAAGAUCAAAUAGCUCAUACGCCUAUUCUUGAACCUCCUCAACCUACCAGAGUACUAGGAACUACAAGCACCAUUCCUAUUCAGCCUAGCAUGACUCGGUCUACAAUUCCGGAACCCACUGCUUUGCCAACACCACCAAGCGCCACCAAAAGACCCAAACCUUCUACCACAAGGAAACCUAAGAAACCCAAAAGCUCUACCCAAGCUCCUCGAGAACCAAAGUCUACCACUGUUAAACCACCUCGCCGUACAACCCCUCUUUCUCUAAUCCCAGAUUCCAAUCAAAUCCCAGAGAUUCGCAAUCCCAUUGAUCAGGUGACAGCAUGGGUUGGUACAUACUUUGAAGUCAAAAUUGCUUCAGAUGCAUUCUAUGACAGAGAGGAUGGUACCACUGACAAGCUGCGUUUGACUCUGAAGAAAACCCCCAAAGAAUCAGUCAAUGAAAAAUCAUGGAUUCAGUUCAACAGCACUAUUCAACUUUUGUAUGGUCUACCAGACGAGGAACAUGAGGGAAAUCAUGAGUAUUUUAUGUUGGCCACUGAUAAGGGGGGAAAAAGCAUCAUGGAUGCAUUUGAGGUUCGAGUCAAUCGAUGGUCUAACAAUGACAAACCGUCAGUUGUAUUUGCUGCUCGUUUUUACGGUGACCCUAAAACUUUAAACAGUGACGUCCACGAGAAGAUUCGUUUGACAAAAAAAUUGGCUUAUGCCCUUGGUGAUCGAAACAGCAGUACAGUGACUCUGAGGAGCAUCACUAAGGGAUCCAUAGUGGUGCAAUGGACCAACAACAGUCUUCAGCAGAGCCCUUGUCCAAAAGAUCAAAUCAGGGUUCUUAGUGAAAAGAUCUCAGAUCCCCAAGGAACACCUAAGCCGGCCUUCAUUAAAGCGAUGGAGCCUGAAUUCAAACCAAUUAACAUUUCUGUUCGUGGUACCAAUAAAUGCCAGAGCUACUCAUUCAUUCCACCAGGGGAGGUGCCAACACCUGUUCUUCCUACAGCUACACCAUCCCCUGGCACAGGUCGUAGGAGCAGUGAUGAUGUUUACCUGCACACUGUCAUUCCUGCUGUAGUGGUAGCAGCACUUCUUCUCAUAGCUGGGAUCAUUGCCAUGGUCUGCUACCGCAAGAAACGCAAGGGGAAGAUGACCAUAGAAGAGCAGGCCACUUUCAUCAAAAAGGGGGUUCCUAUAAUAUUUGCUGAUGAGUUAGAUGAUUCCAAGUCUCCUCCAUCCUCCAGCAUUCCUCUUAUCCUUCAGGAAGAAAAGCCCCCACUUCCUCCUCCAGAGUACCCCAAUAUGACUGGCCCCCACAGUACCCUACUCAGCCAGGAUUUGAUGGAGGAGUUUUCAGUUUAUCAAGAUGAUGAUCCAAAUGCUCCACCUUAUCAGCCACCGCCACCAUUUACUGUUCCCAUUGAGGGAAAAGGCUCACGGCCCAAGAAUAUGACCUCAUACAGGUCACCACCUCCCUACGUGCCUCCCUAACCCUCACUUGAGAUUCAGAGUGGGGAAAGCAGGUGUACUGUAGGGGUGCUUCUCAGAAACUACUACAGGAAUAAUUUUUCUUCUGAUCAAUGAAAUGGCUUUGACUUUAUAGAAGAGCAAGCAACCAUAUAUAGGUGACGAUCCCGGAUAAAACUCUGUAACGUACAAUUAAACAGUAACAGGUUAUUCCACCGCUCCACUUUUUCCCCUUCAYAUCUGCUUUGGACUUCUUACAAUUUUCUUUCAGUUUUUUUUUGUUUGUUUUGUUUUGUUUUUUGCCAAGAGGAGUCAAUUUUAUCUUCAAUGAUCUCCUAUUUCUAUUGUAUAGAAAAUAAUAAAGAAGCAGGAAAGACUGAAGUCCUUUGGGCCUUUGUGCAAAUGUCACCAUGACAACAGACUCGAGGCUCUCCCUCACAAUGUUAAUCUUUGAGUUCGAAAUCAUUCUUAUCUGCCCUUCAGCUAGGUUUACUAAGAUUUUGCACUUGUUAUAUCUAGAGGGGAUGAAAUACAAAACGACAAACUGAAAGCAUGAAACAUUUUAUUUACUCAAAAAUUGGUUCAUUUAUCAGACAUUGAUCAGCCUCGUGUUUUUUUUCCUUUGCUCCCUCUUGAUAAUAACAUGCAAUCCUUGCACUUAUGCAAAUUCUUGUUAAACCUUGCACUAUGUGUCUUGCGCAGAAUAGAAAGAAUUGACUGAUAAGACCAAUGAGAAAGAGAAGAAAAAUAAUUUUGUAUCCUUGAAUCCGCCAUGUGACUGAGAUUUCUCUGGUACUUGAUCACAAAAGACAUUACUCUGAUCUGCCUGUUGUAGAUGUAGCCUAAAUAUGUUUUUAUUUUUAUUUUUAUUUUUCUGUUCUUUAAUGUGUGCCACUAAAGCUGCCUGUGAGAUGACUGGUUUUGCUGUUGCCAACGUGAUGUCUGCGGUCACAAGGUCAAACUUGKGACGUUGCUACAACAAUAACACGGGGGGUCACUGGAAUGCUGUGGUUCGCAGCAGGCUGAGAAUCUGUCAAUAAGGGGGCUCCAUUGUUUUGUGUUCAGUCAGUUUUAUUAGUGUGAUGGGUGGGUGGGCGUAGAGUACUGUAUUAUCACUGCUCUGCCUCUAGGUGUUGCACUGCUAGGUUUAGUGCACUGCCUGUUGUCAGUUCGGGUGAGGCAUUGGGUAAAAGGGGAUGUACAUAUUUGUGUGCCUGUGAAAUGAAACAACUUCAUUACGUUGAUGUUUUAUCAGUAAAUUGGGAGGGAGGGCAACUCGAGUGGGAAAUGAUUUUAUUUUUUAAUUGUAUGUCUAGAUUUAUGAUUGCAAUCAUGAAAAAAAUAUAACUUUAUAGUUUGUGAGGGUAGAAAAGAUUGUUUACUUGCCUAUCACAAAAGAUAAAGCAUUAUCUCAAUGUGACGGAGAACCAAGAUCCACAACAAUAUGUGAAUUAUGUACAUUUCAUAUCUGAUAUCACCAUUAGCAAAAAUGGUUCAAAAAAUCUAAUGUUUUUACUGAGUUUUUGAUACAGUCUUAAACUUGUUUUAUGAAAAUAUAUUAAUAAAAUGUAAUACUAUUUGUAAACCUCA